UUGGGAUGCGGUUCUGGUUUGGCGUCCAUUUAUUGCUCCAAAAAGUUGCCAAAAGCUAACCAUUAUUUGCAAGAUUUCAACGAAAAUGUGAUCAAAUAUUUUACAUCAGUUAACGUACUAUUGAAUAGCGAAGUAUCCAAUAGCGAAGAAGUGUUGUCUCGUUUCCAUUACCUGUACGGCGACUGGUCCGCCACCGCCGAUGAUAUCCACUGCAGCGUUAAGUUUGAUUUGAUCUUCACUUCGGAGACACUCUAUAAUUGCGAUAAUUAUGAAAAGUUAUGCAAAGUAUUCAAGUGGUGUCUAUCGCCGACGGGAACCGUUUAUAUCGCCUCGAAAUCCCAUUACUUCGGUGUCGGCGGCGGAACCUAUAGUUUUAUGGACUUUAUUGAAAGUGACGGAUAUUUUGGCGCAGAGAUUGCACAUGAAAUUGAAACCCCUUUAAUUAGACAUAUCAUUAAAUUGUGGAUUAAAUAA